AUGACAGUAAGGCACGCAUGGCCGAUAGUGAUUGUGAGGACGUUUUUGCUAGGUGCUAUUUUUGUAAUAGGAUGCCUCUCGAUAAUGAUGAACCAGAUUGUUGGGAUGUUCGUGUUUGCUAAUGAUGGUGUACAGAAACAAGCUGUGAUCAAUGCUACCAAGAAACAAUUCAUUGCAGUAUUCGGGACGGUGACUCGAUGGGCUAACCCAUGUAAGAUCUCCAUAACAUACGAUCCAUCAACCUUGCCGGAGGGCGACUCAUUCAAAGUGGAUUCUCUGGGAAACUUAUCGAGCAUACUCACACCCAACUCGGUGGUGAUUUCGAAUCAUCAGAUCUAUACCGAUUGGUUGUACUUGUGGUUUAUCUUAUACACGGCGAGGUUGGGUGACUCGGUCUAUAUCAUGUUGAAAGACUUAUCCAAGAUUCCCGUAUUAGGGUUUGGGAUGAAGAACUACAAUUUCCUCUUCUUAUCGAGAAAAUGGGAAAAAGAUAAGAUAGUGUUGACAAACCAAUUGUUGACCAUUGAUGCGAAUGCCAGGGGAUUGGGCCCGGCUAAUGGAGUCACUCAUGUCACUUCGACUAAUGUUGGAUCUUCGGAACUUCAUCACUGGCCAGAGGGUCAUAAAUCGGGCCAAAUAUGGCCUUAUCUGGUUAUCUUGUACCCGGAAGGUACGGUAACCUCCGCCCGUACGAGGGCAAAAUCCGAUAAAUUUUGUCAAGAAAGAAACAUGCCAGUAUUGAGACACACUUUACUUCCAAGGGUGAGAGGGUUAUUCUUAACUUUGAGAAAAUUAAGAAAUACUGUCGAGAUUGUUUAUGAUUUCACUUGUGGUUAUUCUGGUUUAAAACCGGGUGAAUAUGGUGAAGAUAUCUAUACUUUGAAAAGUCAUUACCUUAAAGGCUAUGGACCUGAGAAGAUCAGUUAUCAUCUUAGAGGAUGGAAAUUAUCUGAGAUUCCUUUAGGUGAAGAAACAGAAGAUAUUGAUGAUGUCUCUCCUGAAGACUUAGUGAAAUUCGAAGAGUGGCUUUUUAAAGUAUGGUACGAAAAAGAUAGAAUGUUAGAUCAAUUUUAUAAGCACGGAUCCUUUGUAGAUCCAAAAAGUGAUGUUAUUUAUACCCCAGGAAAGGUUGCCGAGAAUACUGUUGUGGCCGACUUUAGAAUCAACGGUAUUUCUGAUAUAAUCGGAUCUUUUGCAUCUAUAACGAUUAUUUUAUUACUACUUAGAAUUAUAUGGAUAUUAAUUCUGAAACUACUUUAA